AUGAAAAAUACCUAUCAUCAUGAUCAUAACAUAUUUUUUGAAGAGAAAAAGAAGAAAAGAAAAAGAAGCAUCUCCAUAAACUCAAACUAUCCUAAUAAAAUUCACGUAUCAGGGGGAAAUAAAAAAAAGACAAAAAAUAAAAUAAUAAAAUUAGAGAAUGAAAAGAUUGAAGAUUACUUUUUCAUAAAAAGAUUUUUACCCAUAUGUGAAGAAUUUUUAUUAAAAAAUGAAGACAAUGUGUUUUUCCACUUUUUUAAUAAAAACAAAGAAAUGGAAUUAGCUAAGAUAAAAAUAGUAGAUGAAAAAAUAAAUAAAUCAAACAUGGAAGGAAAAUAUAAACAAACAUGUAAACAAAUACAAAAGAAUUAUCAUAAUAAUAGAAAUAAUGAACAACAUGUUGAUAGUUUAUAUGAUGAUAACUAUACAUAUGAAUCAAUCGAAAAUAUGAUAAUGGGAAAAAAAAAAAAAACCAAAAAAAAAAGUACAAAAUUUAAUUUAUAUAAAAGUUAUAUAAAAGAUACAAAAAAAAAUUUAAAAGAAAUUGAAUUACCAUUUGAUCGAGCUGUUUUAUUAAAUGUAAUUGACAAAAAAGACAAAACAAAAAAAAUAAUUAAAAUCAUAAAUAAACAAAAAGUAUUGAAUUCAUUUGGAGUAUCAUGGCAAAAUAUGAUGGAAUAUAUUAUAUCUUUAAACGAGCAUAAAAAUUUAAUGAAAAUAUUUAAUAUAUAUGAUGAUAAUAAAAAUUUUUAUAUUGUUAUGGAAAAAUUAUAUGGAAAAGAAUUAUUUAACUUUUUAGUUUAUAAAAAACAAGUUAAAGAAAAUAUUUGUAAAUAUAUUAUAAGUCAAAUAUUACAAGCUGUUUAUUAUUUACAUUAUCAUAAUAUUAUUCAUAGAGAUAUUAAACCAGAAAAUCUUAUGUUUCGUCAUAAAAAAACAAAGAAUAAAGGGUAUAUGUACAAUUAUGAACUUGUCCUUAUCGAUUAUGAUACUUGUCAUUUUAUAAAUAAUUUACAACCAACGUCUCCAAAUGUUUUAAUGAAUAAGUUUAUGUCUCCAUAUGGAUCUACUAGCCAAUUCUGUAGCAUGCACAACAAUAAUAAUAAAAAUAAUAAAUAUAGUGAUCAUAAUAAAAAUAAUAAAUAUAGUGAUCAUAAUAAAAAUAAUAAAUAUAGUGAUCAUAAUAAAAAUAAUAAAUAUAGUGAUCAUAAUAAAAAUAAUAAAUAUAGGGAUCAUAAUAAAAAUAAAUAUAGGGAUCAUAAUAAAAAUAAAUAUAGGGAUCAUAAUAAAAAUAAAUAUAGGGAUCAUAAUAAAAAUAAAUAUAGUGAUCAUAAUAAUGAUAAUAAUUAUUAUAAUAAUUAUUAUAAUAAUAAAAAUAAUAAUAAUUGUUAUUAUUAUUAUAAUGCUUUUUCACAAAAUAACUCGUAUCUACAUAAAAACACACGUCUCAAUAACAACGAAUUAUAUACCUCCCUACAUGCAGAUAAACCCACUUGCUUACUAGACCAUAUGGAGAAUACGCCAGGUAGCCAAAAGAAAAAAACAACAUCUGAAAAUAACAAAGAGCUGGAAAAAGAAACAAAUAAAACACAAUAUGAAAAAUAUGCACAAAAAAAAAUAUACCAGAACCAAAAGAAUGAAAUUACAAAUAUAUGUUUACACAACCAAUCAAAAGAUAUAACAAAAAGAAUAUUCUCAAACACUCAUGAAACUAAGGAGGCAAAUAAUAUAAAUAAGUAUGAUGAAACAAAUAAUAUAAAAAAGGAUGGUGAAACAAAGAAUAUAAAUAAGUAUGAUGAAACAAAUAAUACAAUUAAGUAUGAUGAAACAAAUAAUAUAAUUAAGGAUGAUGAAACAAAUAAUCAUAGAACAAGUAGUAAUAAAAAAUAUAUUAAAUUAGUGGGUACAUAUGGAUAUAUAGCUCCUGAAAUUAUUAAAGGUUUUAAUUAUUCAAUUUUAUCAGAUAUGUGGUCUAUAGGAAUUAUAUUUUAUAUUUUGAUGACUGGUAUUACUCCUCUACCUAUGUGUUUAAUGAUUAAUUAUAAAAACACUAAAGAUAUAUUAUUAAAGAAAGAAAAAAAAGGUAUAAAUUUUAAUCUUUUAUCAUUUCAUAAUUAUCCAAUAGCAAAAGAUUUAUGUGAACAAUUACUUCAAUUUGAUCCAAACAAAAGAAUAUCCAAUACCGUUUGUGCAGCUAAUCACCCUUGGUUGAAAUAUUUCCACAUAUUAAACAAAACCCAAAAAAACAAAAAAAACAAAAAAAAAAAAAAAAAAAAAAAUUUUAUGUGCACCACUCGUUGGAUAUAUCAACAGAAUGAAUGCAAACGUGAAAGAAAAGAAAAGAACAAAAAAAAGAACAAACACAAAAAUAAAAACAAGGAAAAGAAAAAUAUGGACAACAAUUCUUAUUGUGUUUAUUAUGAUGAAAUGGUGAACAAGGUGGAUAAUAUUAAAAGUGUAGAACAUAUGAAUGAUAUAAAUAGUACCUAUCGUUUAUACAACGAUAGCUAUUGUAAUGCUCGUAAUACUUGGCAUCAUGAAAUUAAUAAUCAACUCAAUGUUAUAAAUAAAUAUAUAUAUCCAUUUACAUGUCCUAAUCAAAAUACGAAACAAAAUAAUACAUAUAUCAAUACUUAUAAUAAUAAUGCAAAUUUGUUUUUACAUAAUAACUAUUAUUAUCAUCAAAAUGAUGAACAUAUAAUAAAAAAUAAUUCUAAAUUCUUAAACAUAUUUCAUAAGGACACAUAUCCAUAUUCUUCAUUUACGGUACAAGAACAUAAUGAAAAGAAAAACAAUAAUAAAAAGAAAAACAAUAAUAAAAAGAAAAACAACAAUAAUGAUAUUAACAACAAUAAUGAUAUUAACAACAAUAAUGAUAUUAACAACAAUAAUGAUAAUAAUAACAACAAUAAUGAUAAUAAUAACAACAAUAAUGAUAAUAAUAACAACAAUAAUGAUAAUAAUAACAACAAUAAUGAUAAUAAUAACAACAAUAAUGAUAAUAAUAACAACAAUAAUGAUAAUAUUUUCCAUCAAAUCAAUAAACAAAUAAAUAUACACAAUCAAAAUAUGGAAAAUGAUUCUAUUCUUAUGGAUACAUAUCAAAAUACAAUACAUAAUAAUAAGUCUUCAUUUAUUCAACAACAACAUAAAAUGUACCCAAAUAAUUCUUCCCAAAAAUAUUCUAUGCAAAAUUAUAAUAUUAAUAAUAAUUCUUAUAUAAACGAAAAAAAAGGAAACACACAGGGUUCUCUUAACACAUUAAAGGUAAAAGAAAAAAUGUACGAAGAAGUCAAACAAAAUAAUAUUAUAUCUAGCCAUUUUAAUCAUACUAAUAACGAAAAUGAAACACAUCAAUGUACAAAUGGUAUAAUAAAUAUGGAUAUGCCAUAUUGUAAAAGUGGUAUAAACAAAAGGGAUAUAAUACAACCUUUGAAAGAUAUAAACAUAAAUGUUAUAAAUUUUUUUGAUGAAUACCAUCCAAGCAAUGGAAACAUUUUUAUCACUACAAAACAUCUAUCAGAAAAUACAUAUAGCAAUGAAAAGUUCAUUGAAUUAUUUGAAAAUUUUGUUCAAAAAAAAAAAAAAAAAAUUCUCUCUUUCCAUAACAGUUUUAAUGAAUUUCCUAUCAUAAAUAAUAAUAACAAAAUUCAGAUAAAUCAAAAUUAUAUCCAAGGAAAUUUACAUUUACAAAAUAUAAAAAAGGAUAUACAUUCAAUAAAUAAAGAAUUAGAUAUAAAAAAGAAAAACGAAAAUCAACAAAAUCAAAAAAAUCAAAAAAAUCAUCAAAAUCAGCAAAAUUAUGUAUAUCAUCAAAAUCAAACAAAUUUAUAUAAACCGAAUAUUAUGGUGAAAGGUGAAAAACAAAAUGAAAAUGAAAGCGAAUAUGAAAAGAAUAAUGAAAUAAAAUAUAAAAACGAGGAAAAUAAUAUCAACACCAUUCAACAUAAUAAUCACAACAUACAAAUUUAUAAGGACAAAAGGAUCAAUUUUAUGAAUCCCCAUAAGGUUAAUAUGUACCAUGAUAAUAUGUCGAAAAAUGAAAGAACAGAAAAAAUAAGGUACGAUUCACGAAAUGAAGAAAAAUAUAUAAUCAAUGAUGAUCAUUAUGAUUAUGAAAUUUGUAAUAAUUACAGCAGUAGUGAUAAUAACAAAUAUAAUGAUCAUAAUGAAUAUAAUACUUAUAAAAAACACUCACAUAUUACUACUCCAAAUAAAAGAUCUUAUUCUUUUAUUCAACAAAAUGUUAAGGAGCAAUAUGAAGAGACACAUAUAUAUGAUAUAAAAAAUGAUAUACAUGAUAAUGAAAAUGAUAAUAAAAAUAAAAUGCAUAAUCAAUAUGCUUCUCAUAAUAAAGAAAUAAAUUAUACAAAGAUAUAUUCAGACAAACUUAAUAAUCAUAGUAAUAUUCAUAAAAAUAGAGAACAAAAUAGGGAACACAAUAGGGAACACAAUAGGGAACAAAAUAGAGAUUCAAACAACACCUUUUCUACAUACACAAAUAAUUUAUCAAACUCAUUAAACCACAUGAAUAAUACUUUAUUAUAUAAAAAAAAGAAAAAAGAAAAAAAUAACAUAAUAUAUGAUAAUUUAAUUACUAUUACCGUAUCAUGUGAUUCUGCUGUAUAUAAUAAAAAUCAAAAUAACACAAACUCUUCAUAUGAAAAUAAUAUUAAUUAUCCAUAUAUGAAUCAAUCAAAUUAUUAUAUAGCCAAUAAAUUUCAAAAAACUCUCAAUCCUUAUGAAGUCGAUCAUAUUCCAAAAAAUGUACCUUCCUUUUAUCAAAUAUCGAAUCAACUUAAUACUUGUGAAACAUAUAAUAACAAAAUGAAAAGAAACAAAAAUUGUACUUCCCAAGAUUUUUAA